AUAUAUAUAUAUAUAUAGCAAAUUAGAAUUUAUUCAGGAGAGAAGUAACAACAGUAAUCAGUGUCUACAAGACUUUAAUAAUAUAAUUUAUGAAGUUUCAUUUGAGAAAAUAUUUAAGGUCUUUAGAGUAAUAUGACUUGUCAGAUCAAUACAUGCCAGUAAACUGUACAGAAAUUUCUUCAAAAAAAAAAAAAACUCGUCAGGAUUAAAUUUCUAGAGCGCUGUCUAAGACAUAUUCGUAUAAUCGCAGACAAUAAUUUGUCCAAAACUACUUUCAGAAAUAUAAAAAAUUAAAUAUGAGUGGUCAUUCAGCAGAGAAACCCUAUCACUGUUCUGUGUGUCCAAAAGUUUUUUUAUGGAAAUCACAUUUAAAAAUUCACAUGAGGAUUCAUACAGGAGAGAAACCAUAUCAAUGUUCAGAGUGUCUAAAAGACUUUUCCUAUAAAUCAAGUUUAAUAAAGCAUGUUAUGAUUCAUGCAGUAGAUAAGCCAUAUCAAUGCACAGAGUGUCUAAAAGACUUUUCAGAUAAAUCAAGUCUUAUUAGACACAUGAGGAUUCAUGCAGGAGAGAAACCAUAUCACUGUUUAAAGUGUCUAAAAGAUUUUUCACAGAAAUCAAGUCUAAUAUCACACUUAAGGAUUCAUACAGGAGAGAAACCAUAUCAGUGUUCAGAAUGUCUUAAAGUCUUUUCACGGAAAUCACAUCUGAUUAUACACAUGAGAAUUCAUACAGGAAAGAAACCAUAUCAGUGUUCAGUAUGUCCUAAAAACUUUUCACAGAAAUCAAGCCUAAUAUCACACAUGAGGAUUCAUACAGGAGAGAAACCAUAUCAUUGUUCAGUGUGUCUAAAAGACUUUUCAUAUAAGUCGCAUCUAACAACGCAUAUGAGGAUUCAUACAGGAGAGAAACCAUAUCAAUGUUCAGAGUGUCUAAAAGACUUUUCACAGAAAUCGCAUCUAAUAACACACAAGAGGAUUCAUACGGGAGAGAAACCAUAUCAAUGUUCAGUGUGUUUAAAACACUUUUCAGAUAAAUCAAGUCUAAUAAAGCACUUGAAGACUCAUGCAGGAGAGAAAUCAUAUCAAAGUUUAAAGUGUCUAAAAGACUUUAAACAUAAAUCAAGUCAAUAAAGUGCAUUGUUCAAAGCAUCUAAGACACAUUUCAUAGAAUUUAAGGCUAAUAAUGCACAAAAGGAUUCAUACAAGAGAAAAAUCUUAUAAAUAUUGUGGGUAAAAUGCUUUUUGUUUAAAUGAAGUCUAGCAACACAUGGAAUUUCAUAUAGAAGAAUAAUAGCAUUGUCUCUAGUAACUUUACAUAAUGGAAAUUUAGUAAUAUUUAUAGAGUUGGAGUUGAAAAUCCAUAACAGAGCUUUUGUUGUUUGAAAGUUACAUAAACUUGAUACUUGAUCGAGUUACCUGCUCGUAGACGUCACAUUUUCAUGGCGAGGGAGUUCCCAGGUGUCAUUCUUGAGCUGGUAGGUUAGCUUCAACCCUUUUUCUUGUCUGUUACAGUGGUAUGUGGGUUAAGGCACACUCUGUGUUCAGGGCUCUGAGUUACUGGACCAACUGUCAGAUGGGGGUUUCCUUUGAAGGGAUACCCUGUGUAAUUACCUAGGUGUAGUUACAGGAUGAGAGCUACGCUCGUGGUGUCCCGUCUUCCCAGCACUCUGUCAUAUAACGCUUUGAAACUACUGACGGUCUUGGCCUCCACCACCUUCUAACC